UAACGCGCACACACUCUCUCACUCACUCACUCAUCACCGGCGACACCAUUCGCCGGAGGAACUCAUUAUUAUCAAUCAGAACAAGCUUCACACUCCUUUCACAUUCUUCUUUGUUUUCUGCAAAUUCUGAUAUCCAAUCGGGAAAACUGAAUAACUUUGAAGCGAAACAAACACUAACUGUUUUCAUGUGCUGCUUCUUUUGCACGAUGCUGUUUUUGUAACCGAAGCUAAAAAGAAGAAAAAGUAGGAGGAGCAAAACGGACGGCGUAUGAUGCUGUGCAGGAAAAGUUCUCGAAACGGCGUCGUUUCGGGAUCGGUGCCGGUGUACCUGAACGUCUACGAUCUUACGCCAAUUAACGGUUACGCUUACUGGUUCGGACUCGGAGUGUACCAUUCCGGCGUCGAAGUGCACAGUGUGGAGUAUGCAUUUGGAGCUCACGAGUACUCGUCGACGGGGAUAUUCGAAGGGGAACCAAAGAGGUGUGAAGGGUUUAGAUUCAGGAAGACAAUACUGAUUGGGAAAACAGAUAUGGGGCCGGACGAAGUGAGAGCGGUGAUGGAAGAACUUGCAGCUGACUACAAAGGCAACGCCUACAACUUGAUCACCAAAAACUGUAACCAUUUCUGCAAUGAUACUUGUCUUAGGCUAACCGGAAAUCCUAUUCCCAGUUGGGUCAAUCGUCUUGCCCGAAUUGGUUUUAUGUGCAACUGUGUUCUUCCCGUGACAUUGAACUCGACCAAAGUUAGGCAUCAUAGAAUAGAAGACAAGCCAUGUGAAGCAGAGAAGCAAGCAUUGAAAAGUGACUCAGACAAAGAUAAGAACAUUGCUUCAACAAAUUCAACAUCUACUUCUUCCCCUGCGCCGUCUACUUCCUCGGGGAUUCGCAGGGGAAGAAGUAGAACUAGGCGAGCCCUUCCACCGUCGUCGCCUUUGAUUAUUGGCUCUUCUUCUUCGUCAUAAUGAUGUGCAAAAAUUGAUUUGUUUUUUUUUUUUUUUGUUAAAUCUUUGUUGUUUAGCUCAAUUAAAGAAGUUGUUUUAACAAAAAAAAGAAGCAACUAACUGGGUUUUUCAAAUUUAACAUUUUUAUGCUUCAUUCUUUUCAUCCAAUGAUCUUAUAAAUAUAUCUUCAUUUCUAAGGAGAGCAAAAAAUGGGAUA